AACAGGUGCAUCCUGGACAGGUAACAGUGGAGAAACAGGAAGUAGACUCAGUUGUGGGCAAACACAAACCGACAAGGAGCUUUAUUUUUUAGCCCCAAACUGAACAUGAGGGCCGGAGGAGAAUACUUUGACCGGCCUGACUGACGACAUGAGACGACCUUUGCUUCUUAUCAGUCUGUUCCUGGCAGUCCUUCUCUUUGCCCAUGUGCUGGCUCAGGGCCCGGUACAGAUCCAGUUCCAGACAGACCCGGUGCUGGUUCAAACUGGCACUGAGAUAGUGUUCACGGUGCAGACAGUGUCUGAGGUCCUGUCCAUGACAUGGCUGUAUGAAGGAGUCACUCUGGGUCUCUGGGUCGGAGGAGCCCCGUCGGUUAACCCGGUGCCCCAGUUCCAGGGCCGGGUCACCAUCUCUGCCACCCAGCUCAGAAUCGGUGGUGCCCAGCUCAGAGAUGCGGGGAGCUACGCGGUGCAGGUGACCCCUCUCGCUACAACAGGCCUGGCCCCGAACUCCAGAUCGAUACAGCUGAGAGUGUUCGAUGCGGUGGCUGGGGUGACUCUAGUUGUUCCCACAAUAGCAGUGGAGGGGAGAAAUGUGUCUCUGAGGUGUACGUGGACUGCCGGGACGGACAUUUCGGUCCAGUGGGGCAAAGGAGGUGCAGCCGUCAUCGCCAACUCCAGGAUCACCAUCUCUGGCGGCUCUCUGGUCAUCAACCCAGCCAGACGGGGCGAUGCCGGGGAGUACACAUGUACCGUCAGCAACCCUGUCAGCGCCCAAACUGCCACACGGAGCCUCACUGUCUUCUAUGGCCCCGACACACCUGUGCUGACCAAGGACACCCCGAAAGAGUGUGUUGGCGGAGGCGAUGUGUUGGUGGGACAGACGGUGCGUCUCACCUGCAUGUCUGACUCGCUGCCCCCUGCCCUCUUCGCGUGGACAUUUGAUGGACAGCCGGUUGCAUCAGGCCAGCCGGACAGCGGGGUGCUCAGCCUUCAGACUUUCUCGACCGAUGAAAGCGGCCGGUACGUCUGCACGGCCAGAAACGCCAUUACCGAAGGCACGUCGGAGCAGGGGACAGUCUUGGCCAUCGUAGACACGUGUCUAAAUGUCGGGGAAGUGGUGGGGAUUGUGAUUGGCUGUUUGCUGCUGAUCAUAAUCAUUGCGCUCCUCAUUGUGCUCAUUAUCUUUCUUGUGCGAAAGAGGAGGGCGCAACAGAGACAAGGCAAUAAUGUGUUUGUGCAGAAGACCAACCCAAAUCCCAGGCCUAUACCUCCAGAUCCACAACCUAAUGGUCCAAGGGAUUUGGGCCAAGGUCCCCAUCCCCCCCUCUACACACACGCGCGCAACUCUGAUCGCUUAUACACAACCUUGCAGGAAAACCGUGGCAACCCACAGACACUGCUGCCGAACGGCCUGCAUGACUCUGAAACACAUCAGCACAAUGCUCGCACCCACACAAAUAGACUCCUACACAAUUCUAUUCACAACACCAAUUCAUACCCUCACAAUGGCAUUGACAACCCUGCUUUCACACACGCUGAAGCUCAGACUGCAAACACCCUCCCAAACACACAGCAGCAAAAUCCGAACAUUUUCAUACAUGCUGGCACUGCCCAGGGCGGCACUCAGCCGCCGGCGGUCCACGUCAGCCUUAACGCUCCGCCGCAAACCGCCCAGCAGAACAACAAUGCACAACUGCCCGCCAUCCAUGUCAACCUUAACUCGUACCCAACCAAUGGCCAACAGACUCAGCAGGACACAUCACUUCCACUCACCAGUACAGCCAACAAUAACGCUUCACAAAUCCAACAUGCAGCGGAGUUAGAUCACAGAAUGCAAAAUGGGCAGCCCUAUCAUGGUGACCCCUGGCAUAAUGAUCACAUGGAAGCGGCUCACCAUGAUCGGGCUAGACUUAUCCCCACUGGCUACACACACCAUAACAGUAAUAACACUUCUCAGCGAAAUGCCAACACACAGACGUACCAGCGGGAGCCAGAACGUCACAGCAGGUCUGAUAGAAACUCAAGUAGACAUGAUGCCACUGCCAGCGCCUCCCGUCAACAGUUGCCAUGGGAUCGCCUCCGAGGGACACCAGCGUAUCCUUCUGGUACACUUCAAAGGGGACAGACAUCGCCUGAGUACACUUCUGACAGUACAGACUACACUAACCAUCGGCCCGUACGAGAGGAAAGAACAACAAACAGAUCUCAGCCUCGAUCUCAGAGCCGAACCACUUCCCGGAGCAGAGCUCCAUCCAGACAAGAUGUGCCAUCACUGGACAGACAGACACGGAGUCGUUCAGCUGAUCUUCGAGUCCCAAACACUAGUAGUGUAGCACAGUUUAUGGCUUCAUACCACAAAGAGAGAAGUCCCCACACACAAAGGAAUAGUGCUCAGCAAGACAUCAGAGAUUCGCCUGGUAGCCAGAAUGCCCCCAGGCAGGAAGCCACACACAGCAAUAACCCCGAGGCUAGGCCUGUCAUGAGCCAGCAGGCCUCUGUAGGCCGCUCUGUGGUGUCACAAGGACCUACAACACAACAGGGCCCGACUGCACUGCAGGGUGCAGAUACAAGAGCUUUGGCUGAUCCUAAUCACCUUCCACAGGCACACAUGGCCCAGCAACAUAGAGCAGCACCGGUCCAAAAAACACCACAAGGUCUGGGCACACAGACACAGCCUGUCAUACAGGGUGCCAAUCAACCCCGCCAAGGAGGCACCGCUCCAGUCCCACACUCCUCUGCCCAGCCUCAUCCCAGUAACCUAACCCAGGCUACGCUCAGAGCCCACACGGAGAGGAGUCAGACAUUUCAGAACCGGAAACAACAGACCCAGGCCGCCCUGCUUCACCCUGGGCCACAGGCGCGAGCUCCUGCUGCUGCCGGGGCUCCACACCCACCAGUUCCUCCUCCUGUUAUCCCCCUUGCAGAAUUUCAGACCCUCCCCAAGAAGAGCAUCCAGCACAAAUCCCCGUCUAGAGGUCCUCAGCCUCCCCGACCUCCUGCUAACAUACCAGUGGCUCAACGACACCAAAUACGACAGCAUCCCAAUGUGCAUCAACAUCCCGCCACAAUGCCCGCAAACCGUCACCACCAUCCUGGAAACGGCCACGUGCAUGUCAGUGGACACAGGCAUGCCCAUACUCAUACCCAUGGCCACGGGCAUCCUGCCCACUUCACUCAGCCACGGCAGCAACAGGCUCACAGAGGGAGACCAAGAUGAUGACAGAUGUCAGCAGACUGCACUCCACAAUGUCCCGCAUCCACUGACACAAACAAACAGCUGACAGAUGUGAUCCAAUAUACCACCAAGCAAGACUGACUGCACAAGGUUCUGCACUCAAAAAAGCUGUCAUACCCUGGUAUGCUCAGUGCUAAAGUCAGUUUUCUUUAUAAAAGAAAUGAACAUGUCUCCCAUGGGGAUGAAAAAAAAUGUUACUUUUGGGAAUAGAGCCCUGCUUUCCUAGAAAGAACUGACAAAUUAUACCAAAGAAGGAGACUUGAUACAGCUUUUUAAAAGAAAAAUUACUAAGAUAAAUAAGCUAUAAUAAAUAAAAUGCUCCUCAUUAAACUCCAUCUCUCUCUCUCACACACACACACACGCACACACACUGACGCCCGCACUCACAUGUAUUGUACUGUUUUGACUCCUGAAGCAGCGGUCAUGCAUCAAACUUUGCCGAGAUCCUGCUCAGAGUAGACAGACUCAGUGAUCCAUAGCUCUUGACCAAAAUUACAUCUCCUCAUCGAUACAUCAUCAAAACUGAAACAACACUACCUUGACAAAAUGCUUCCGUGCUGCUUGCAUGUUGAGCCCUGUGUAUCUGACAAUUAAGAGAGAUCUUCAAAUGAGCAAACGAGAAACUCUGCACAAGACAGACUCGCCCCCCUGGGAACAGCGACAAUUACGGAAGAAGAAAUGAGCCACGGGGAUGAUCUUGAUAUACAUGGAACUAUUUAUUUUAUGCGUUCUGUUUACAGAUGCCUCUCAUGACACUUCUCAAUUAAGAGGUUUCGCCUCAGCGGCACUCAGACGUAAUGCUCAGCUAACUAUGAAGGGGAUCCCACGAAUGGAUGGGCUGCUUAUUAAUUAAAUGCUUUUAUGCGACUUAAAUGACUUGGAAAAUAAUCACGCCCGCGCAUGAAUGAGGUCAGCACAAAAAGACCUGAUGCUGCCUUCUGCUGAAAAAGCAGAGUGAAAUGAUUCACUGCCUGCACCGGGUCACAGACAGCUAAAAACAAUGGGAUUUCAUUAUGACUUUUAUGUAUUUAUUGAUUUAUGUUUGUGGGUUUUUUUAAACUCAGGGAAAAUUGAUUAUUUAACUUGCACUGUCUGAUUCAAGUAUGACUAAAUUAAUAAGGAAUUUCAAGGAUACGGCUGGUGGUAUUCUGUAAUUGUCUUAUUGUCAUGCAAAGCCAAUGACAAGACCAAAACCAACCAUGAAGUGGAAGAAUUCUGUGUGUAGCCAAAUGUUUUAUAAGUCAUUUCUCUCACUGACAUCGCUACAAGUCAUAUAAAAGUAGGCGAUUUGUCAAAUGGUUAAUAGAUAAAUCAGUAGUUUAAUCUGGAGGGACAUUGGAUCAUAUUUCAAGGUAAAACCAAGUUUGAUAAAUGAUUAGCUGCCAUUAGACAACAGCUAACGUUAGCAUUCAGCCACAUUCUAGCUAAUGUUACUGUUUGGUACAAUGCUGUUUUGAUGUGAAACAAUUGGGAAAGGUGUCCAUGAAUUCAGAAAUGUAUACAAACGUUUUUGGGACAUUUGUCUAAACCUAAAAACAUAAAGGCCUCAACACGUGCCCCCAGACUUGUUCUUUUCAGCUGCUGAUCAAUUGUGAAGCUGUGAAAUGACAACAAUCUGUCAGAUUACUUACGUUUAUACAACACCAAUAUUACAUUCUCCCCUGCAUUCAGAUGUCCCACCCUGAGUGUGAUGUUCGAGGGAAAUGGUCGUGAAGGUGAAUAAGGUCCGUAGAGCUCCAUUGUCACUGAAAAAUAGAUCAAUCAAUGAGCCAGGCAGUUCCACUGGGUGACAUGGUCCAUCAGCACCUUAUGUGUGUCCAUCCCCAGGUGAAAAUAGUCCCAAACAAAUGCACUAUUUACUGCUGUUCGAGCAACAUUUGCCAAAAGCUACAGUAUCCAGGCAUUGCAGGAAAUUAUUGAAUCGUUUUGAAAACAAAAUCAUGUAUUUGAGACCCUGAGAACAAAUAACAGGGGAAGGAAGUCAAACGUCCUCGGAGACGUUCACGUGCUUGGUGUUUUUUCCAAUGUUGUUCUUCAGAAUAAAGAUACAUAAACUCGACCCCCGAAUUUGAAAACCACCAUGAACAAAUACAAAGCACACAUUCUGGCUCCAAAACAAACAUUUGAAGCAUAUGAUUUACUACACUGCCUUGAAAAUUACUGUUAUUUUUGGGGAAAAUUAGUGCUUGUAAAUAGUUUAUACAGAUAUUAAAUAUCCUCAGGAAGGAUUUGUAUGUUGUCUGCGGUUUAUAAAUUGUUCCAAGAUCAUUUGAUGAAUGACAAUAAAGAUUAUUUUUUGUG